UGAUGAAUGGAGGCACCUGGUAAACUUGCAUAGACGCAACUAAUUUCCACUACUAGUAGCCAUUCAAUUUUGCUACCAUAUUACGUGGUCGAAAGUUUUUUUGUAGAUUUGAGUAAUUGAAGAGUAUAGCACUACAUCAAUAGAAGCGACGCGUUGUGGUUGUCAUAUUGAAUCUUGUUUGAUUGUUUUGACGAUAUCCAUAUGAUGACCACGACAAGUGACGCAGUUUCUUCGUUUAUCUUGUUCUGAUGAAAGCAGAAGAUGAGCAACAUGACGUGGUCGCGUUCAUUCUUUCUCGGUGCUUGCAACGGCGGACCUGAUGUGAAAUGUGCCGCUCUGCAGAUGAAGGUCGCGCGAGCCACCGGAUGGGCGUGCCAGGCCUGACAACUCGUGAUUAGCCUGACGCAAGUACUAACCGCAAGCGGCUUGCCCAGGGGUAAGGGUAGCGACAAGAAAACAAGCCAGCCACUAAUUCGUCUUCAAGUUUUAAGAACGAAACUAGGCCUGGAAGAAAGGAUCAGAGCGCAGCUGCUUCCAGAAGUUUAUCGGAACGCAAACGCACCAAGACGAAGACCACAGGGCAGACCGCACCAAGACAAACCUUAAUCACGUCAAGAACACUUUCUGGCACCUCAAAAACACUACGAAAUGUCGAAUGCUUGGCAACGCCUUGACGACCUAUGGUACCGACGAAGGGAAAUCGGUGGUAUGAAGUGGGCAGAGGACCCAGACCGCCUCUGGACUCAUGUGAUAUGCGGUGCGAGAUGCGGGGGUCCAAUCGCAAUGGUUAGAGACGAAAACGUCUUCCAGCAGCUCGGCACUUCUACAAGUCUCAUACCGAAGUACUACUGCAUUGCAACUUGUUACUUCUUGACUUUAAUUCACUUUUGGUGAUCAUUAACGCUGAUUCGUUUUCUUCGAAUCAAGUGGAAUGAAAAUAGACAUGGCUUGUUGUACUGAAAAAACUGAAAGUCUUGGAAUUGUUUCGAAUAAUCGCAUUCGCAAAGUGGAUGCGUUCCUAAAUUCAAUUCAUCUUGAUGUGUGGCACUAGUACGUACUUGAUAGAUUGCGUGAUUUGAGUUAUCUAUAGUGGAUUCUGCUAGUGCUACAUGUACUACGUCUGGCGAAGUCCUCCGCGCGCUGGUCCUAUGGGGCGUUGAUAUUGCAGGCCUCACGGAGGUCCACCCUGAGGACACCAGUCUGCCGCUGCUCGUGCGGCAGUUUGGAAAGCAUGGAUAUGAGGCGCUUGCGCGCAAAUCUUGCAGCCCGUCGCCUCUGGCCGCCUCCCUGUUUCUGUCGAUCUUCAUGCUCAAUGUGCAUCUCGUGGGCAAGAUGCUGCACGCAACAGCCUGCCCAUCGGUUUAGCGGCAAUGGUGCGCGAGUUUUUGAGUCUUCGCGUCUUUUCUUACCUGCUCAGCUGGGGGCCACGUCUGGAGACUCUUGCCGCCCAUAUGCUCGAUUUUUCGAAGAUGCACCCCCAGCACAGGCUUCCACGAUCAUGCACCCGGCCUGUGGGAUUAUUGGAAACGCAUGAUUAGACUCGGCUCCAUGGCAUUGCUGAACUUGAGCUGCCGGGUCUGCUUAUAUUCGCAAACCAUCUCGACGCCCAAACCCCGGAACGGCGCGGCUGGGGCUUUUAUGCGCUUCCUUUUGUUGGAUGGUAAUCGUUAGAGGCCUGCCGGUGUGCGUGUGGGUCCUUUGUUCCAGGGGUGCGGAAGCGUCUCCUCGAACUCGAUUGGACCGGCGCCGCUUUUUGGCUAUCGAAGGGCGCGCGCCUCUGGGCAAUACAGUGGCGGCUGCUGCUAGUAGUCAGAGGUGAAACCGAUGGAAUCAGUCACCACGGCGGCGGCAUCCUCUUCUUCUUAUGCUCGCGACACCAGCCUCGGGGCUAGCCCUCGCGAUCGUUUUCGAGAGGUAGCCCGACUCCCUGCACUAUUUGAGGCCGACUCCCUCGAGGCCGCGCCGCAGGCCCUAGUACUUAAUAUGCCGCCUAUGUAUAGAUCGAAGCUAGGCGGGGAGUUUUCGGCACUGUGGGCUUCGGUCGGCGUUGUGUUGCUUGGCUUUUCGAAGUUAAUUAGCACAAGCAGCGGCACCGUGGCGGCGCAGGGCUGCCGCCGUUCUUUCUUCGCGCACUCUGUGGCUGUGGGCUUGUUGUUGUCGUCGAGUGGGUGUAUGCGUUUGGGUAUGAUCGAUGCAGCACGCUGCGGGGCGGUCUGCCGCUUUUCGCGCUGCGUGCCGUGCGUGGCUCUUUGGCGCGGCGCGCGUGAGGUAGUUUUCGUUUUCGGCUGAAUCUAAAGCGCCUUGCCCGGGGCGCUGCGCCCGCCUGCUUGCUUUUGAUUUUUCAGUGUGUGUUUGGUCGGGGCUCUUUGGGGAUCUUGUUACACCAUGACGGCACUGGCAAACGCAACCGGGCCGUGACGCCUUUCGUUGGGAUUUCUUUGCUUUUGCCUAGCGCGUGCGCGUCGCUGUGCUUCAGAUUCUCCUUGUUCGUUGUCUGUGUGUAGGUCUCUCACUCUCUGUGGGUAGCCGUCUACGCUUCUCAUAAUAAUAGAGUAUGCGUCUGAGUAACGAGCUUCGGGCUGCUCAAGUUCUUUCGAGUUGCCACGAGUUGCUGGGCCUCACCUGCCCAAAACUGGCCACCUUGAAACAAAGCGUAGCAACCCCCGGCGGCAUGACGAGCCAAGAACAGGCCAUGGAGCUCCGGAGGGGGCUCCUCACUUGUUGGCUUGCAGGUGUGCCGCUUGUAUUGCAGAGGCAUGCCUCGGCCGAGCUCUUCGAGGCUUGGUGAAAAAAGGCAAGGGUCGGGCCUUUGCUUUGAAGAUUGUUUGAAUGGCGCGCGCGCGUGCCACCCUUGCGAACUGCGGGCUUUUGCUUUGUUGGGUCGAUGCCUCUGCGUCUUCGUGUUUUGCUGUCGGUGAUGAUCUGGCCAUGCUUUUUGUUUCUGAUGACUGAGCGACGGCGAGGCUGUUCGGCUUUGGGGUUGGGAUUUAGAAGUGAGGUGCCAGGCUUGUUUCUUAUAACGAUGCCCCCUCGAGGAGCCAAGCUCACUCUCUGCUGCGUAUUUUCUUGCGUGGUAGUGGACUUAUGGAGUAGCGCGUCGCCUAGUAAAUCAUGUAUCAUUGCGCUAUCCUAUGCGCGAGGACACGUCAGCAACUUACUGGGUCGCAGCGCUAACUAAGUAAGUAGUCCCAAGCUACAAGAGCAGGGGCUGGGGCCCGUAGAGGGCGCUGACCCCGUCUUCCCCGCGCGUGCACCGCGCCCGCCGCACCAGAGAAGGGACACUAUUGGCGAAGCCGUUUGUUUCUUGUGGAACGUGUGUGGCUUGUGGAAGAUGCUGCGCCUGCGCCCGAAGGGCGCAGCGAAAAAAUUAGGUGUAGAAGUGGAAGUGGAACUCGAGAAACUCGAGGCGAUACAACCGCGCGAGAAGAGUCUACUUAAUUCUAUGUAUAAUAAUAACACAUGCACUACUUGUACUGUAACUACCUAGGUAGACGUUGUUCGUCAACAAGAGCUUUAUUUUCAACAUUGUCCGGCAGGCUGCACACGAUGACGGCAAUGGGUUCACCGCUUGCGAGUGUAGACUGGACGUUUAAAGGCCUGCUUGGGUUGUAUUGGACCCCCGAGGAGGAGUUGGUGGCGGUUUUCUCAACAGGCCAAGUGCGAAUUUUCGACGCGUUCGCAACACAGAAAAGACACUGGAGUCUUGAUAUGGGCUCCGAGACGCGCCUCACACUCGUGACCUUCUGGACUGGUGGGAUCGUCGUCUUCGGAGCCACCACAAAGCGCUUGUACGUCAACCUCGGCUUUUCACGUCGAUCUCCGGUCCAAAUUACCGACGCAAUCGACGCUUUUCCUGGUCUCAUAACAGCGGGCACAUCUGCCGGCUCCUCGGCUGGCGGAAGCACUGGAAGGGGUGCUUCUAUGGCGGCGCAGGAGCAUGCGAGUGACUUCUUGUUCGCUGCAGUCACAAUUUGCGUUAUGCCGGUCGCUCAUGAACAGGGUUCUGGAGCGAGCUCCGCGGCUUGUGGUAGAGCGAACACGGGUUCGAACGCGGCAGGUGGGUCGGAUAUCGUGCAAGAGAUCGACGUGCAUGCGUCGUCGGCUGUUUUAACACAAAACGUGUUUGCGCUUCUGAAUAGCACGAAAGCAGACCUCAGAGUUCUCCUGGCAACCGAGUGGCAUGGCGUGUUCGUCUGUUCCCCACAGAACUGCUAUCAACUUGGGGCGGGCGGAGAGCAGCUGCCAGACGGAGGAGCGCCAGGAGUCGGCCCUCCUCAAGCAGUUUCGCAAGGUCAGCCUCAGUCGUACCAGCCGCACACAGGCAGCAGCGGUGCGGGGGCAGCCUCAAUGUCACAGCACAGUGGCCAUGGAGGGCCAGGUCCCCGUGGCGCAUCUAGUUCUCUCCCUCUAGCCGUGGCAGAUCCCACGACGCAUUUCGCUGUAUCGCCCUCUGGUUUUUUCCUCGCGCUGUUGACAGAGAAAGGCGCGUUCAAGGUCUAUGACAAUCGAUUGGCGCUGUUGGAUGUGGCGCAGCUCGAAAGUCGAAAAAAGCCGAGGCAAAUGGUCUGGGUUGGAGAAGACUGUGUAGCCCUGUACAUGGCAGCCACGACGAAACAGCAUGCACUGUUCGUAGGAGGACCACGAAAUGACUGGAUACCCUACCAGUAUGACCAUCCCCUUUUUCUUAUAUCAGAAAUCGAUGGCGCGAGAGUGGUCGGACAGAAGUGCGAGAUGCUACACCGAAUACCGGCGGCUGUGGAAGCGAUUUACAGGUAUUUGUAGUUUUAUCCUCUCUUCUUGAUACUGAUAGAUAAAAAGAUAGAUGCGCCGCCAGAUCUUCCAGGUCGUUCCGCUAUUUUCAUCAUGUUUUUUUGCGCUGAAUCGCCGAAACAUACCACUUGCAAGUAAAACUAGGGCCACUUCAAUUAGACGAAUCUGUUAACCCAAUUUGGCUCAACAUGUCACGUUCACAAACCACAGUAUUGGUUCUUGUGAACCACCCGCUAUGCUGUGCUACGCUUUGGAACGAUUUGUUGAAGGCGAUGUUCGGGCAGAGGAGUCACUUCGUGCUAUCAAGGACGAUCUGUACGAUGCGAUAAACCAAACAAUGGACGCCGCAAUGUGCGAGUUUGAUGAGGACAACGUGAGUUCCUUACUCCAAGCUUCUGUUUUCGGCCGCACCUUUCUAGGAACUUGCAUGUCAUCAUCGAGUGGCGCUAGUACGAGUGACUCUGCGCAAGCUCGCGCUGAGGAGGCGUCGCGGCGCUUCGUCGAGUGUUGCAAGUGGAUACGCAUCGCGUCUGCGUUGCGAAAUGAAUAUGAUCUGCCGGUAACGUGCGCGCAGCUGCAGCAAAUCGGCCUGCCCGCACUGGUGUCACGCCUGACAGCGCGGCGGCAGCACUUGAUCGCGAAGCGCGUCUGUGAUUGGGUCGGGUUGCCAAUGGUCGAGAAGAUCCUAGUGUCUUGGGCCAGAGACAAAAUACAACAUUCGCCGGCAAUCACUGACGCAGAUCUCAGUGAAAGUAUCCGACGAAAAUUUUCGCAGCACGCAUCGGCUAGCAAAGCUGCGGGAGGAGGAGGAGGUAGCUCAGCCCUAAGCCGCAGCGCGUCGAGUCAAUCACAAACAGCAGCUCCAGUGAAGAUGGUGCGCUACCGAUACUGCGCGCGACCGCCUCAAAGCAGCGUAGAGGAAUUGCCCGUUAUCGACCCGGGUGCAGCGGACGUUCCCUACGCAGAAGUCGCAGAGUACGCGGCGCAAGCGCACCGGCCAGCCUUGGCGACCAUGCUGUUGAAGAAUGAGCCACAACCGGCACAGCAAGUGGCAAUGCUCUUGAAAUUAUCGGAAUUUCAACUGGCCUUCGAGCUAGCGGCGCAGCCAAAAGGCGAUCCAGAGCUGUUGCGGGAAUGCUUGAACCAUGGAUCCGACAGUAGCACUGAAGUUCUAAUUUCAAAUACGCGCGCGCGGUGCUUGCACAUUCACUCGUUGCGAAAACUGCAACGGUGGCCCGAGCUGCAGGCCUUCUGCGAAGGAGGGUAUCCACAGAAGCGACUCAUCGCGGAGGCGCUCCUGCGUCAGGCUCACGCACCGCGAAGUGUCGUCGCAGAGAGGGUGGAAUUCCUACAGAAGACGGCAGUAGCAUUCGGCCAGAAGAGCUCGGUGGCAAAGAGUCGACCGACGCCGGCACCAAGCAACAUCGGGGCGGCGCAGCAGCAAAUGCAACAACAACCGGCGGCGGGCGAGAAAGACCACAUUCCGCCAGACCACUUUAGCGCUGCAGUGACGCAGGAGCAGGCCUCACUUCUUAAAGUGCAGGAAGCACUGGAGCUCAAGGCAAAAGCCCAAAAUUGGCCUACACUCCCGCAACUCGAUCCGCCGAAUGCCUCGGUUUCCGCAGCAGGUGCAAAUUCGUUCUCCUCAAGUGGAUCCUCUUCAUCAAGAACUGAUGGUGCUGCUUCCUCCUCAUCUUCCUCGUCUGGCCAACAACAUGCUUCGUCUGGCUCUUCCUCUAACAUCCCCAACUACCUUUUUCUAGGACGGUCGCUAAUGCAGACCGUGCGCAUACUUCUCCUCCUAGGCCAGCUGAGUGAAGCGGACAAGCUCCGCAAAGAAUUCGCCAUUCCCGAGAAACGGUUUUGGUGUUGGAGAAUACGCGCGCUUUGUGAGGCGCGAAAUCUCGACGAAAUUGUGGCGAUGGCGCGAAGCGGACGAGGUACUCAGGACUACGUGCCACUCGUCGAAGCGUUGAUUCAGCUGAACCGCCCAGACCUAGGAAAGGAGUUCGUCUCGCAGAUCAAAGACGAUCAGAAGGCUGCUGCUCUUCUACUCAGAAUGGGCUACAGGAAAGAAGCCGAGGAACUGAAACAGAGCAAGGGGAUGGGAGGCGGCAUUCUCAAUUGGUUCAAAGGGUCCUCGUCGAGUGGCUAGCGUUAAUGAAUGCGUGGAUCAGUCUUGGCAGCGGAGAUGAUGGGCACUCCCAGUUUUCGGUUUCGGCGACUCAACGAUUAUCAUUUAUAAGGAAGUACAAGUACUAGAUGAUCUACAUGUUGCGAAGUUACCCGUGACGCGCGCAAGACAGACAGUCAUUGUUUUGUAUUCAGAAUUUACGAGUUGGCGUUACGACCAUUCCUCUUCGUGUUACCAUUCUCAAAAAAUGUAAUAUUUCCCGUCGGCACCAUGAACUGAUAGUUUAUGAAGGCACAGUUGUAGACUAGUCGUACGAUCAUGUCUAAAAAGUGUUCAUCGCAUGCAAUCUUUUUGUUCAAGCUGUUGAAAUGGGCACACCUUACUCGGUUUUCUACUAAGUACAUUCUUUAUCUGCAAUUAUCAUU